CUGCUGCUACAUUGCUGCUGCACCUAGCGUUCUGGAAAGGUAGAGUAAAGCACAGUUGGAAAAAUUCGUGCAAGCACCGCGGGUGCAAACUGCAACAGCGCCAGGCUGUUAGAGAAAAGUACGUGUGCGUGAUGCAGAGUAACAAGUGUGCGAUCUAAAAAAGAGUAGCAUCGGACGGUGCCGUUUGCCCCGAGAGAAUCCGGGUUAAAGAUCAGAUCCGGGGGCCGAAAGUCGUGAUAACCGCCUAGUGGAUUAGAGCAGCGAGGAGCGAGUGUACGGGCGCCGUACGACACGAAAUAGCAGCCCCGUCUCUGUGUUUCAACCCGUAACGUUUCAAUUACGUCGCCACCGGUACCGGCGUCGACACAACCAGCGCAACACACACACACACGCACAAGUAUUAAUUCCGCCCCCAGCCCUUCGGAAACACGUGGACAGCGAGGAAGCAACGUGUGCCCGGCGUUACACUGGCAUCAUCCAGCACCGCGACACCGCAGCAGACGCCGGCCAGAAUGUCGCGCAAACGGCCACGUGAAAGCCUGGGCGAUAUGAUGGCGAGCAGCAGCAGCAGCGCCGCGCGUUUAACAAUCGACGAGACAGUCUCGAUCACGAUCGAUCCAAACGGGGCGUUGGAGGAUCGGUUGGCCACCCAGCACCAGCAACACUUGCAGGCUGAUUCCACGGUUGCUACUGCGCCUGCUGCUGCAUCCGCUGAUGGUACACCAGAUAACAGUAUGAACGGGAGCAGCAGACGCUUCAGCAGCAUCCGGCUCGUGGACGAAGGCAUUGAACCGAGCCAUAGCGAUCACUGCUGGCCACCGAACAAUGACGGUGCGCUGAACGGGCAUGUUAACUUUGGCUUGCCGGGAGCAACCGGGCGUCCCUCCCGUACGUCCGAUCCGAUUUCGCCUCCAUCCGUCUCGUCGAACGGGUCCUCGUCCGUGGCCACAUCGUCCGGAUUCGCCAGCCAGCAUGCAACGAGCGGAGUCGAGCACAGCCCACCGGUGACCAUCUGCAAACAGGCACCAUACUCUACAGAGCUGGAUGCGAUCCGGGAGCGCGAGCGAUGCGAUUACACACAAAAGAUCACCUACCAGAUGGCCCGUGCGGGUACCGCGCCGCGUAUGAUCCGUGUGUACGCGGACGGUAUCUACGAUCUAUUCCACCAGGGGCACGCGCGACAACUGAUGCAGGCCAAAAACGUGUUUCCCAACGUGUACCUGAUCGUUGGAGUUUGCAACGACAAACUGACCCACAGCCGGAAGGGUCGAACGGUGAUGAACGACGAGGAGCGUUACGAAGCGGUACGACACUGUCGCUACGUUGAUGAGAUUGUUCCAGAUGCCCCCUGGGAGCUGGACGACGAGUUUAUCGAGAAGCACAAGAUCGAUUUCGUGGCGCACGAUGAAAUACCGUACAGUACGGACGACUGCAACGACGUGUACGCGAAGAUCAAGGCCAAGGGCAUGUUUGUGGCGACGGAGCGCACCGAGGGCGUGUCCACGUCCGACAUAGUGGCGCGGAUAGUGAAGGACUACGACAUCUACGUGCGCCGCAACCUGGCCCGCGGCUACACGGCCAAGGAGCUGAACGUGUCGUUCCUGUCGGAGAAAAAGUUCCGCUUCCAGAACAAGAUGGUCGAGCUGAAGGACAAGGUGCGCAAGGGCAAGGACGACUUCAUCACCAAGUGGGAGGAACGGUCGACCGAUCUGAUCAAAACGUUCCUGCUCAUGUUCGGCAAAGAGCGAAUCUCAAUGUUUCUGUCCGACUCGAAGCAGCGCAUCCGGUCGGCACUGAGCCCACCGGGCAGCCCGGGCAGUGGCAGCAACCACAGCCUAAACGACUGCGACGACGACGACGACCUGGAGAGCCCGGACUCGGUGCUCGAUUCGCCGCCGAGCAAGCGAUCGAACGUGCUGCUGCGAAACGACGUGAUCCGCAGCCGCCACCAUCUGCUCUCGGAGGAGGACGACGAGGAGCAGGGUUUGGGCGGGUCGCGCUCCCCUCCGCCGGUGCUGGAAGACGACGAGGAUGACGACGACGAUGACGACGAGGCGUACCUGGACUCACGCUCGCGACCCUCAUCCAACUACAACAUUUCGCUUAUGGCCGGUGGUGGCGAUGGUGGAAGCAGCGGCGGUAGUGCAGCACUCAACAGUAGUAGUAGCGGUGGCAGUGGCAGUCGAACCUAUGGCAAUCGUAACUACUAAAUGGCCCCCCGCCCCCCUUUUAGAGAGUAAAGUAAUGGGAAUCGGCCAAGUGAGCCAAUGAGUGUUCGCUCGCUCGGGCUCAGAGGUGUGCUGAGAAGACUAGUGUGUGGCUACCUUCGCGUAUACUACGAAUUAUUCCUUUCGCGAUGCUGUGUGCCGGUGUUGGCGAUGAGAUAUACUACCCUGUCGAUCGAUCAGCACUCGCGGAUGCCGGUUUGUCGAUAAUAUAAUGGCGCGUCUUUAUUUUGUUUGUUUGUUUGUAAGCCACGUUGUAAUCUGAAACACAGACGAAACCAAAACCACCCUUCGCUCGCCCAAAUUACCAAGCUUGCCGAAUGGAAUGCCUUAGUUUGAUCCCAAAUUACAACACCUAUCCGCGCAACACAAUAUACAAUCCUUGCGGUGUUUUGCUGUAGCGCAUUCGUUUUGGAGUAUUACUUGAUACCUACACUGAGACAAUAUACACGUAUGCGUAGCAGGCAGAGGCAGUGUAGUAGGACUGUGUGGAGAUUAGAGAAAUGGAAGUUGAUGCAAAACUAAUGCCGGAAGGAACCACGACGAGUGCGUGAACACGCAGGGAAAGGGCAUGUGAUUAGUGAUUAGCAGGAAAUGUGCGCUUUGUCCUUCUUUUUUUUCGUUUGCGGGAAAGCACAGCACCCGGGUGUUAAGUUGGGAGAGCUAAAUUAGGAUUGCCGGAAACCAGGUCGCGCUACAUUAACGCAUUCUCAGGGAUCAACGGAACACAACAAGAUUUGGCAAACGAUGGACGAGGUGGAAUUGAUGAUGAUGCGUUUUCGUUCAUGUUGUAGUGCUUUGGGCUGGAAAGUGGACCAGCGAUAGCGAAACGAACUCUACCUACACCACAGCCGUACGUAAAGAUGCUAACCUUGUCCCAAAGCAAUUAACGGUUGCAGAACGAAUACACAACGAGAAGAGUAGGCGUGCGAAAAGUACGCAACCGUACAGAGGCAUACGUAUAACACUAGAAAGAGCGAGAAAGAGAGAGAGAGAGGGUUGGUUACGCACUAAAUUAUUAAUCCCCCCAGGUUAACAGUUCUAUCGUAUAUUUAUUAUUGCUUCUACUAUUGAGUUUUUGCCUGCCCGCCGCAAACGUCUUUCGAGUUGAAUUAAAAAAUCUGUUAAAAUACAAGCCAGAUUGCCAGAGUUAGAGGCGAGGUGGGUAGGUAACAGCCAAGCGGAAUUAUGGAUUUCGGAGUUUGGGGGUGUGGUGGUAUAGGACGGACGGGGACUAUGCGACAUCGUGUAAUGUUUAGCGUUAGUAGUAGUACUCCCUCCUCCCUCCCCCUCCAGGUGUCUGUAGUUACUAUGCUACCAUAAAGUAGUACUAUAAAGGAGAAGAAAGAAAACAGAAAUCGGUUGAAUAAUAUACACAAAAAAAAAACAGAAAUAACUCCCAAGUUUAGUAAAACAUAAUUCCGAUAACUGCUAACGAUGAUUUUGAUUUGUUUUUAAGUUGGUUUCGGGUGUCGCUGUAACAACAGUGCGAAGCUUUUGUUGAGGAAAUGUGAUAACAUUACACAAGGCGUGGUUUGGUGUGAUGUGUUUAGGCUAAAGGAAAUCGCCCGACUGCUCCUGCUUUGUCAACUUGCGAACAGUGAACGUUUCCGCUUUCAGACGGCGUUUCACAUUAGAUCAUUUUUUUGCCAAACUUACGCAGUAUUGCUAUUGUGCUUUUACUGGCAGUUUGUUUCCAGGUCCAAGCUUCUUGCAAAUGCAAAAUGAAACCGAAAUUCCUGCGAUCGCCGCCACACGCCGGUCGGGCACACGUGUUUUCGUUUUAUUUAUAUUUAUUCUACCAAUUGAAUAAAAUUAUCUUUAAACUCGUGAUUUUUUGACAAUGGUUUUGUUGCCCACUAAUAAAUUAAAACCGAUCAACCGACAGCCGACAGUUGGUAAAUGUUCUUUCUCCCCCCCCCCACCGUUUGACGCUAAAUGAUGUCCAAUUUAAAAAUUAACGUGAAUAAGGACGGGUCUUGCUAAAAAUGGCGAAAGUAAUUCCUGCUUACAAAGUGCACCGUGAUGGUAAACGAAAGUUAACGUAUUUUUCGGUGGGAAUUUUGUGUGAGUGUGUGCGUGUGUGUGUUUGUAUGUGUGAGUGUGUUUGUUGGAAUAUAAACCGUUCAAAUCGUUGGUUCAUGAUCUUCAACCUCGGAUACGCACCGGCGUGAUGCGUCAAUUUACAAGCGUGCUGGAAGCGAUCGCGUGCAAGGAUGAUGAACAGCCCGGUGAAUCCCUUUUUUGACUGAAGAAACACGAUUACACGAACUGUAAUCAUUCGCAUAUGGAGUUUUUGGGUUGGAAAUGGUAAAGCUUGCUAAAACCAGUGACGAGACGAAAAGAAGGGGAGAUAGACAUUAAAUUAAAGCUAUGAUUAUGAUACAAAAAUAAAAACUCAUACGGUUACACCGAUUCCAUCUAUCAUAAACAUACAAACAUAAUAUUAAAAUAACAAAAAUAAUAAUAAACACAAAUUUUGGGUGGUUUUAGCAGCGGGGGGGGGGGCGGCGCAAUUUGUUUUACUCCUGCUGCAUGCUAAAGAUAACAAGCAAAAGACGAAAAUAAAUGCAAAAUUUAAUGCAAUCCAAUGCAAACCGCCGUGGUGUAGCGUGUAGGUGUUUCCGUUUACACUCACACACACACACAUAGAGUUCUCGUUUUCCCCCCC